ACUCUUAACAAACUAGGCUUUGUGAAUCUAAACUAAAUAACGACUCAAACAACCAAACUUCCAAAAAAAAAUCAGUGAAAAAUCUCUUCAGAUUCGAAAAUGAGCUCCACCGGCCAAAGCGGCGGCGGCGGAGGCGGAAGCGGAGCCGGAGCCACCGGAGGAUCCCAUUCCUUAGCUUUCAGAGUAAUGAGACUAUGCAGACCUUCAUUCCAUUCCGAUCCAGUCCCACUCCGUCUCGACCCAACCGAUCUCCUCGUAGGCGAAGACAUAUUCGACGAUCCAAUCGCCGCCUUCCAACUCCCUCGUCUUCUCCCUUCUCUAUCCUCCUCCACCGUCGAUUCCGAUCUCACCUACCGUUCUAGAUUCCUCCUCCCUGAUCUCUCCGACUCAAUCGGUCUCUCUGGACUCCUCGUUCUUCCUCAAGCUUUUGGAGCUAUUUAUUUGGGCGAAACAUUCUGUAGCUAUAUUAGUAUCAAUAACAGCUCUAGUUUUGAAGUUAGGGAUGUGAUUAUUAAGGCGGAAAUUCAAACUGAGAGACAGAGGAUUCUGCUUUUGGAUACUUCGAAAUCUCCGGUUGAGUCUAUUCGAGCUGGAGGAAGAUAUGAUUUCAUUGUUGAACAUGAUGUCAAGGAACUUGGACCUCACACGUUGGUUUGCACUGCAUUGUACAAUGAUGGUGAUGGUGAGCGUAAAUAUCUUCCCCAGUUCUUCAAAUUCAUCGUUGCUAAUCCUUUGUCAGUUAGGACUAAGGUCCGUGUUGUUAAGGAAGCUACAUUUUUGGAAGCUUGUAUUGAAAACCAUACAAAAUCAAACCUUUUCAUGGAUCAAGUUGAGUUUGAACCAGCUCCGAAUUGGACUGCCAAAAUACUAAUGGCAGACGAGCACCCCAUUGAGAGUAAUUCUCAAGCAAGCGAAAUAAUUAAGACACCAGUUCUUGUCAAAUCUGGAGGAGGAAUCUAUAACUAUCUUUAUCAGUUAAAACAGUCAUCUACUGAUUCUGCACAGAUUAAAGUUGAGGGAAGUAAUGUUCUUGGUAAGCUUCAGAUAACAUGGCGAACUAAUCUGGGCGAACCUGGUCGACUACAAACCCAGCAAAUUUUGGGCAGCGCUAUAACACACAAGGAGAUCGAAUUCCAAGUUGUCGAAGUUCCAUCUGUUGUCAUCUUGGAAAGACCCUUUUUGCUACAUUUGCAUCUGACUAACCAAACAGAUAAAGAACUUGGGCCAUUUGAAGUUUGGCUAUCACAAGAUGGUUUGGACGCCGAUCGAGUCAUUGUGUUUAACGGUCUUCAAAAAGUGGUUUUACCGAGACUUAAACCGCUUGCUUCUUCAACUUUUUCUCUGAACCUCAUUGCUACUAAACUCGGAGUUCAGAAAAUUACUGGGAUUACAUUAUUCGACGCAAUAGAAAAGAAAUCUUAUGACCCUUUACAAGACUUAGAGAUUUUUGUCGAUUUGGACUAAUUUUCGAGUAGAUUCAUCUGCCUCGGCCUGCAUAGUUGGCGCUCGGGACUGAGCUAUCAAUGGAGCCAAAUAUUUUCUUGCUUUGCUGCUUGCUUAUGAGCUUUGAUGAGUAUAAAUCUAUUCCCUACACUCAACUCAAAUUCUGUGUUUUUUUCAAUCAUUUUCAAUUAGAAGGGUAAUUUGGUCAUUUUUUCAUGUCCAUUACUUUAGAGCUAAUACAUAGUUUUAUAAUAACUGAUUAAAUUAAACAAGCUUGUAAAUUAUUAUUAUAUAAAAUAGUUUUUUUUUUUUUCUUUUACAAUCUUGUAAACAUUUAUUUACUUUAUUAGUAUUAUUUCUCCUA